UCCUGUUAUGAUCAGUCACAAUGGUGUUAUAUUUCUUAUUAGACUCCUUAUUCCCUGUGUUCCCUCUUUGUUUGUCGGUGCAUUAAGUUUGAGUUUGAGUUUGAGUUCGUGUUUGUGUUUUUGUGAUUAGUGAGAUUUUGGUUAUUGUUUGCCCCGUGUUUAGAUUUAAGGUUUUCGCACAAUAAGGAUUUCAUUUACAUUUAUUCAGUUUUCUGCAUGCAGAUUUAUUUUAUAUGCCAUGUGCACUGAACUGAACUGCAGGAUUGAAUUGUUAAUUAUACAUUGCUAAUUCUUUAAUUUAGCCAUUAGGAUUAUCUAUAUUCAGAUAUUCACCAGUUAAAGUUCACUGUGUGUUUCAUAAAAUAUAAUAUCACCAGCAGGUCUGGUCCCAGUAACUGUAUCCGUCCUGAGAACCGUCCCUCCCAAAUAUGAUCUGAUGCUGACACUGGUGACCUGGCCUGAUGCACAGAGUUACUGCAGGGUGAUGUACACUGACCUGGCAACCAUCCUAAGUGAUACUGAUUGGCUACGAUUUGAGAAAGAAGCAGCAAGCAAAGGUCUGGCAACAUCUGCCUGGGUCGGAUUGUACAAUGAUUUCAGUAGCUGGCGCUGGUCCUUAAACGAUCUCCCACUGACGAGUGUCACUUAUACCAAUUGGAGCACUGGACAGCCUGAUAAUAGUGAUGGAAAAGAUGCAUGUGUUCUAAUAGGUUACUAUAAUUCAUGGUGGGAUGAACAAUGUACAAGACUACUGCCUUUCAUAUGCUACAAUGCUAAUUUCAGUGGUGCUGCCAGGUUCAUCGGCAUCAGAAGUCCUUAUAUGACCUGGCCUCAAGCUCAAACUUACUGCCGAACACAUCACACAGACUUGGCCAGCUCUCUUAACAGCUCAGACAACGACAUGUUACUGCAGGUGAAGAAGAUCCAGGGUGAUUCCUGGAUUGGGCUUUACACAGGCACUUGGAAGUGGUCAGACGGGACCAACGCUUCAAACAUCCCAUGGGCUCCUGGAGAACCGGAUAAUUAUUGGGGUUACGAGUACUGUGCAGUGGUUUAUAACGGACUGUUCUACGAUGAACGAUGCGCCAACCUGCACUAUUUCUUCUGUCACACCAUUUACCCAGCGAGGAGUCAGAUAAUGAGACUGCAGGUGAAGUCUGAUGGGAGUGUGUUUGAUCCUGCUGUGCAGUCGUCCAUUUUAGAUCAGAUCAAACAGAAACUGGAGGAAAAAGGCAUGUUGGAGAACACCACAGUGACCUGGAAGGUGCAGCCAGAUGGAAACAUCUUCCACAAGAAAAAGGAUGAUCUGUAACGUCUAAACGCUCACCUUCAAGUCAAGCAGAUUUCAAACUGACUGAAAUGUUAUUUAACCUACAACAUUUAAGCUUUAAUCAGUAGGCAGUGUCAGAGGACAAGAUUAGCCAGAAGUAGAGGAAUAAACGUAUUUAAUUGCUCUGAUUGGAACACGCCCACUUUGACUUUGCAACCGAAAUUUUAAAGUCAGAUUUCACUGCAACUUUUUAAUAUUGAACAUGUUCAGCUUUUGCUGCAAGAGGCCACUGAACACAGUGAUGAGGAGAAAGUCAGAGAGGGUAUGUUCAAUACUGGGUUUAAUGCAUCAGUGUGUUGUAGUAAAGAAUAAUUCUUAUAUAGAAUAUAGUGAAUGUAACAGAACCUGUAAAUACACUGUGUGUACUCUGAACAGUCAUAUAUAAUGCACUUGCCACUAUUACUGUCAUUUAUUUCUUCCACAUCUACAGUUAUAAAUAUAUACUCAUUUCUUGUAUUUUGUUUCUAUUUUCUGUAUCUAAAGGCAUUAAUAAUAUACAUUAAUAUCAUCAAUAAACAAUUUUAAAUAUAAACCUCUUGUAACUAUUUCGUAGUCAGAAUUCAGAAAGGUGUUCUAUAAAA